AUGUACAUCGACAUUCCUGCUUUUGUUGAUGGCCGCCAAUUCACAAUAAGCUGCAAAUUCGAAAUUCUUGCUGAUGGCCAUUUGCGACCAUUACCUCCUUCUUGGACCAAACAAUUCCACUCUACCAUCAGCAUUGAAAACCAAGACGGCGAAAAUGUACUUCACGUCAUCAAGGGUUAUCCCGCAGACCUGGCGUUUGACGCUGUUUCUGUAGACGGAAUCUACGUAAUCAGUGGACGCUUAAUAUUCCUCAAUAAUUCAUGCACACCUCGGCUGUUUUAUGAGCCUGAUUAUCAGCUCAUCUCGCGCGUUUCAGACGACUCAUCCUCAGUUUUCACCAACCAGGUCUCCGUUCAAAGCGUGGGUCUAGUCAAAUCAGUAUCAACAUCAAGUGCUCAGUUUCAAGGUGCAGUAUGCCUCGUCGUAACACACGACAAUUAUGAUUACGUUUCCGAACGCCUGGUAUCAUUCGAUGUAAAAUAUGUAUGCAGCGCAUCAAGUUCUAUCAUCAUCCCCGACCAUUGGAACUUGAUCGGGCAUGAAAUAUUCAUUAUUGGUUUCAUUAUAGGAAAAAAUGAAGUAGAUUACAUGUGGCAAGUAGAGUAUAUGGAAAAGGUCACUUACAGUGACUUCAAAUGUUGUCUUUGGUAG